CGCCCGACUAGCAUGGUGCGGCGGUCGCGCGCGCCGACAUGGGGGAGAAGCUGGAGCUGAGGCUCAAGUCGCCCGUGGGGGCCGAGCCCGCCGUCUACCCGUGGCCGCUGCCGGUCUAUGACAAACACCAUGAUGCUGCUCACGAAAUCAUCGAGACCAUCCGUUGGGUCUGUGAAGAAAUCCCAGAUCUCAAGCUUGCAAUGGAAAAUUAUGUUUUAAUCGACUACGAUACCAAAAGCUUUGAAAGCAUGCAGAGGCUUUGUGACAAGUACAACCGGGCCAUCGACAGCAUCCACCAGCUGUGGAAGGGAACUACCCAGCCCAUGAAGCUAAACACUCGACCAUCCAACGGGCUCCUGCGGCACAUCCUGCAGCAGGUCUACAACCACUCAGUGACAGACCCCGAGAAGCUCAACAACUAUGAGCCCUUCUCCCCCGAGGUGUAUGGGGAGACCUCCUUUGACCUUGUGGCACAGAUGAUCGAUGAGAUCAAGAUGACCGAGGAUGACCUGUUUGUGGACCUGGGCAGUGGUGUUGGCCAGGUUGUGCUACAGGUUGCCGCGGCCACCAACUGCAAACAUCACUAUGGCGUCGAGAAAGCUGACAUCCCAGCCAAGUACGCGGAGACCAUGGACCGAGAAUUCAGGAAGUGGAUGAAAUGGUAUGGAAAAAAGCAUGCAGAAUACACACUGGAAAGAGGCGAUUUUCUCUCAGAAGAGUGGAGAGAGCGGAUCGCAAACACAAGUGUUAUAUUUGUGAAUAACUUUGCCUUUGGUCCUGAGGUGGAUCACCAGCUGAAGGAGCGAUUCGCAAACAUGAAGGAAGGUGGCAGAAUUGUGUCCUCAAAACCCUUUGCCCCACUAAACUUCAGAAUCAACAGUAGAAACUUGAGUGACAUUGGCACCAUCAUGCGUGUGGUGGAGCUGUCGCCGCUGAAAGGUUCCGUGUCCUGGACGGGGAAGCCGGUCUCCUACUACCUGCACACUAUUGACCGCACCAUACUUGAAAACUAUUUUUCUAGUCUGAAAAAUCCAAAACUCAGGGAGGAACAAGAGGCAGCUCGGCGACGGCAGCAGCGAGAAAGCAAGAGUAACACGACCACCCCCACCAAGGUGCCCGAAAGCAAGGCAGCCAUACCCGCAGACACCCCUCUGGACUCUGGUGGCGAGGAGGAGAAAGCGGGGACGACUUCUGUCAAAAAGCCCUCUCCCUCCAAAGCUCGGAAGAAGAAGCUAAACAAGAAAGGACGGAAGAUGGCCGGGCGGAAGCGUGGGCGUCCCAAGAAGAUGAGCACUGCAAACCCUGAGCGUAAGCCCAAGAAGAACCAAACUGCACUGGACCUCCUGCACGCGCAGACUGUGUCUCAGACAGCGUCUCCCUCGCCGCAGGAUGCGUACAAGUCACCUCACAGCCCAUUUUAUCAGCUACCUCCCAGUGUGCAGCGGCAUCCUCCUGACCAGCUGCUGCUGGCCCCCACCCCACCCGCACUGCAGAAGCUGCUAGAAUCCUUCAAGAUUCAGUACUUACAGUUCUUGGCAUACACAAAGACCCCUCAGUACAAAGCCAACCUGCAGCAGCUGCUGGACCAGGAGAAGGAAAAGAAUGCCCGGCUGCUGGGUGCCGCGCAGCAGCUCUUUGGCCACUGCCAAGCCCAGAAGGAGGAGAUCAAGAGGCUCUUCCAGCAGAAGCUGGAUGAGUUGGGAGUGAAGGCCCUGACCUACAAUGACCUGAUUCAAGCACAGAAGGAGAUCUCGGCCCACAACCAGCAGCUGAGGGAGCAGACAGAGCAGCUGGAGAAGGACAACAGGGCACUUCGGGGCCAGAGCCUGCAGCUGCUCAAGGCUCGGUGUGAGGAGUUGAAGCUCGACUGGGCCACGUUGUCCCUGGAGAACUUGCUGAAGGAGAAGCAAGCGCUGAAGAGCCAGAUCUCCGAGAAGCAGAGACAUUGCCUGGAGCUGCAGAUCAGCAUUGUGGAGCUGGAGAAGAGCCAGCGGCAGCAGGAACUCCUGCAGCUCAAGUCCUGCGUGCCACCCGAUGACAGCCUGUCUGUGCACCUUCGAGGGAAGGGUAACCUGGGCCGGGAGCUGGAGACGGAGCCUGGCCGAUUGCAUCUAGAGCUCGACUGCACCAAGUUCUCCCUGCCUCCUUUCAACAGCAUGAGCCCCGAGCUCUCCAUGAACGGCCAUGCAGCCAGCUAUGACCUCUGCAGCUCACUGAGCCGGCCCUCAUCCAAGCAAAACACCCCCCAGUAUCUGGCCUCACCCUUGGACCAGGAAGUCGUGCCCUGUACCCCCAGCCACAGUGUUCGGCCGAGGCUCGAAAAGCUGUCCGGUCUGGCCUUGCCUGACUACACCCGGGUGUCCCCGGCCAAGCUGGUGCUGCGGCGACACCUGAGCCAGGACCACAUGGCCAGUGGCAAGGUGACUACGGGCGAACUGCAUCCUCGAGCUGAGCAUGCCAAGGAGAACGGUCUCCCAUACCAGAGCCCCGGCAUGGCAAAUGGCAUCAAGCUGAGCCCGCAGGACCCGCGGCCCUCAUCCCCCGUGUCCUUACAGAUGGCAGGAGAGAAGGGCAGUGAGAAGGGUUUGAAGGAGCGCGCCUAUGGCAGCAGUGGGGAGGCCAUCACCAGCCUUCCCGUCAGCAUCCCGCUCAGCACUGUGCAGCCCAGCAAGCUGCCUGUCAGCAUUCCCCUGGCCAGCGUGGUGCUGCCCAGCAGAGUCGAAAAAGUGAGAAGCACUCCCAGCCCGGUGCCACAGACCCGGGAGGCCUCUUCCACACUAGACAAGCAGAUGACUGCUAAUGCCCACGGGGCUGGGAGUAAAAGCCUUGCCUCUGCUCCUUCAGGCUUCUCCUAUGCUGGCUCGGUGGCUAUCAGCGGGGCCCUAGCAGGCAGCCCAGCACCACUGGCCUCGGGACCUGACCCUGCCACCUUUGACGAGUCCUCCAGCUCGGGAAGCCUUUUUGCCACCAUGGGGUCCCGCAGCUCGACCCCACAGCACCCUCCGCUGCUGGUGCAAUCCCGCAACUCCGGCUCAGCCUCGCCUGCCCACCAGCUAUGCUCUAGUCCUCGGCUCAGUGGCACCGCUCAGGGCCUGCUUCCCGAGGCUAGUAAGGGAGACCUUCCCUCAGACGCCGGCUACUCAGACCCGGAGAGUGAAGCCAAGAGGAGGAUUAUCUUCACCAUCUCGGCCGUUUCCAGUAGCGCCAAGCAGUCUCCCUCCAACAAGCACAGCCCCCUACCUUCGGGUGCCCGUGCAGACAGCGCACAGAGCCACGGGCAGGACAGCCGCAAGCGAGGCAGGAGGAAGCGGGCCUCAACUGGAACUCCCAGCCUGAGCUCGGGUGUGUCCCCAAAGCGCCGGGCUCUACCAUCUGUCGCUGGCCUCUUCACGCAGUCAUCAGGGUCGCCCCUUAACCUCAACUCCAUGGUCAACAACAUCAACCAGCCCUUGGAGAUCACGGCCAUCUCGUCCCCUGAGAGCUCCCUGAAGAGCUCCCCAGUCCCUUACCAGGACAAUGACCAGCCACCCGUGCUCAAGAAGGAGAAGCCACUGAGCCAGACCAAUGGGGCACACUACUCUCCGCUGACCUCGGAUGAGGAGCAGGGCUCCGAGGACGAACCGAGCAGCGCCAGAAUUGAGAGAAAAAUUGCAACAAUCUCCUUAGAAAGCAAAUCUCCUCCAAAAACCUUAGAAAAUGGUGGCAGCGUGGUGGGCAGGAAGCUGAUGCCUGCCAGUGAGCCCGUCAACAGCAGCAAGUGGAAGUCCACCUUCUCGCCAAUCUCCGACAUUGGACUGGCCAAGUCUGCGGACAGCCCACUGCAGGCCAGCUCCACACUGAGCCAGGGCUCCCUGUUCGCUUUCCGGCCCACCAUGGAGGAACCCAGCCCGACGGACACCAAGCUCGCCAGUCACCCCAGGAAAAGCUUUUCUGGCCCCUUGUCGGCUGGUGGGCUCAGCCCAAGCAACAACCCUCCCAACGGCUUUGCCUUCAGUGGGGGCCUGGCCGCUGACCUCAGUUUACACAGCUUCAACGAUGGUGCUUCUCUCUCCCACAAGGGCCCUGAGGCAGCCAGCCUGAGUGCCCCCCUGAGCUUCCCUACCCCUCGCAGCAAGGAGGGCAGCACCUCGGAGCCUGGCCCCUUUCUGAACAAGAGGCAGAUGGAUGGACUGGGCGUCCCAAAAGGCGAGGGGGGCAAGGGCAAGGAGGUGACUGAGCCGGGUCUGCCCCCAUGUGGGCCCCUGGAGAAAGCCUCCCUGGCGCACAGUGUCAAGGCUGGCCGGGGCAGGGACCGAGAACCUGACUUCAAGAGCGGUCACAACCUUUUCAUCUCUGCAGCUGCUGUGCCCCCUGGGGGCCUGCUCAGUGGCCCUGGCCUCACCACGGUGGCAUCUUCUGUGGGUAGUACGGCGCCCUCCGCCCAGACGCACCGCCCCUUCCUGGGCACCUUUGCCCCCGGCCCACAGUUCACGCUGGGCCCCAUGUCCCUGCAGGCCAACCUGGGCUCAUCAGUGCUACAGUCCUUGUUCAGCUCCGUGCCGGCUGCUGCUGGCCUGGUGCAUGUCUCAUCCGCUGCAACCAGACUGACCAACUCGCACGCCAUGGGCAGCUUCUCUUCCGGGGUGGCCGGUGGCGCAGUUGGAGGUGUCUUUAACCACGCGGUGCCUUCCGCCUCCUCUCAUCUGUUUGGAGCCAGUUUCGGCAGCGGGGCUGCAUGUCGCAGCGCCACGCUGAGCUUAACCCCGCUGCAGGCGGUGGCCGGCACCCCCGCCUCUUCCUUUCAGGGCCCGUCCUCUGCAGAGACGAGGCCACCCCCACCCCCGCCUGCUCAGCACCUGGGCCGACCCCCUCCGGGGCAGCCCACCCUCCACGCACCCCCCCCACCUAACGCUGCCUUGCCUCCUCCCCCCGCGCUGCUCGCGUCUAACUCUGAGCCCGUGCUUCUGCAGAGCCUAGCGUCCAUCCCGGCUAACAAAACUUUCUUACCCGCCUCUUCUGCUGCCUCUCUCCAGCCUGCUAACGCCUCUUUGUCCAUCAAGCUCGCCUCCCUCCCGCACAAGGUGUCCCACCCCUCCUUCACGGUGCACCACCAACCACUGCCUGGGCUCACCCUGGCGCAGGCCGCGCCCGUGAUCCCGCAGGCCAGCUCCACAGGGCCGUCCGCUGUGUGGGUUUCCCUUGGCAUGCCGCCUCCGUAUGCCACGCGCCUUGCGGGGGUUAAGCCACGAUAAAGACCUUGCUUAGCUAGCAGUUCGUAUUCUGUAAGGUAAGGCUAGAGACCAACCAGGGGUCCCUGCAAGAACUGAACUGCCUUCCUUUGCAGAGGACAGACGGGCACAGGACUUUUCGAGGGCAGGGGGUCAGGAAAUGGGAUAGGAGGACGGUGGAGGCAGCUGGUACUGAGAGGCAGAGUGAAAAAGCCCAGGGCGGUGAGGGGAGCCCUGGGCUGCUGUGAGAAGGGACUGCUGCCAUGCACCAGCAGGGUCCUGAGAGGGUAGCCAGCCUCUUUGCUGCGUGGACCUUCACACCAGGCCCCCAGGGACAUGCACACCUGCUCUAUGGGUGCUGGUGGCCACAUUAAACACCGGGGACAGACCAGGAGAUGCUGAUGAGGCCCAUCGAGGCCAGCUUGUGGCCACCCUCUGGCUGUGUCCGCAGUGGUGGUGACCUGGACACCACGGCAUGGAGCCAUCUGGGACAGCCUGUGUUGUGGUUAGUCUCUCUGGGGUGUCUCUCAGUCUGUUUGCUCAAAUGCACCUUGUACGGUUGUAGAAUUUUAUUGUGGCUGAGGCGCUGGGUUGGUAGACAGCUUUUGAAAGAUGGGGUUGUCCAUCUUUGGAUUCCUUAGCUAGAGGUCCCACCUGCCAGCGCUAACCCACGCACACCAGGAGCUGACCGCAGAGCAGGGACUGCCUUCACCAGCAGGCACAGGCUUCGUAGUUGUGGCCACAGCUCAGCUCCUCUGACCUUCAAGGAACCUGACAGUACUUCAGCCAGUCACCCAGACCACUGAGAGCUCACAGCUACUGCCAUCCUUGCCAGCGGAGAGCAGUGUAGGAGGUGCCCACCCGUGGGGCCUGUACAAGAAAGUGACUGUGAAGCCUUCAGGGAGGGUCCCUGUCUGCUCCUCCACUGGUGGGAUACAGUAUUAGAGGGCUAACCCCUGCCACUCCCUCAGCCCAGGAGCUGGGCUGGUGCUCUGUGCUGGGCACACCACCCGCCACUCUGCCCUUCCAACUUGGUCUCCCAGGGCAAAGAGCCUUCCUGGGCAUGUCCACGGCUCACAGGGCAAGGACCCGAAGAACAGAAGGUGGACCUGUGCUAAUGGACACGGGCCAGGUGUGGGGCCACCCUGCUGCCACAUGUUGUGGCGGAAAGAAGACAGGCGGCCACGGGAGCUGUCAGGGCCUCGUCGGGUGCUGGUCAGCAGCUAGCCGUGCCAGUGGAAGUGUCCACAGUGGACACCCUCCUGUCCCGUCUCGGGGCCCAUCGCAGGGAGCUAGCUUACGACUGGCAGCACUGGCCUAUCCACCAUAAGCAGCACCUGGCAGGUGGUGACUUGAGAGUCCAGACCCUGUGCCCCUCAUGCUAGCCAGGGCCUCCUGGUGGGACUUCUGCUCCUUGGCUGGACCCAGGGCACGACACGCGGUCCGCCAGGAGAGGUGGUCCUUUGACAACUGUUCCAUCUGUCUGUCACAUGUCUGUAGGAGGCUUUGGUUCCCUGACCUGGGGAAAUGUUUGGGCGUCUCCAAGUGAAAGCCUGACACUGUGCUGUCUUCCCUCCUGCACUGUCUCUGCAGGUAACUAGGAUUUCUACCUCAACCAUGAGACCUAUGCAAGGAUGGGGCUCACCGCUGGACGGGGACAGACAGGACAGAAGACGAGGUUCUACUGUGAAUCAGCGCUGGCAGACCUGCGGUGCUGGGGCUUGGCUCCAGCUCCUGCUGUCGAUAGUUUUAGAUAAAGUAUUUAUCGUUUUUAAAAAAGUAUAAACAAUUUUGACUUAUUUUAUUCCACUGAAGUUGUAAAAGGCAACUAUUGAGAAAUGUACAUACCUAUAUCUGAGAGGAUCUAUAUACAGAUGUCUAUGGGAAGGACUGGCCACCGCGGAGAUGCCGACGCUGGUCCUGGUGCUAUCUGGUCGCCCGCCCGCCCACCUCCACGUUCUCCUGGUGCUGACUCUCCAGGUGACCAACGCCAAAACCAGUCCUCGGCAGCACCUGCCCUACUCACCCCCGCCGCUCUUCCUAUACCAAAGGCUCCUGCUCCAGGUUGAGGGCAGUUUGCUAUCUUGUGAAGUGGUGUUCCCAGAGAAGGCCCUCUCCCAGGAGGUGCACCCACAGUCCUGCCCAUCGCUGUGAGACCGGGGGCCCUGCAUCGGGUCUUUGGCCUUGGAGCUGAUGGGCGGGUUGGGGGUGGGGGACAGGGACAGUCAGCCUUUCCAAUCCAUGUGGCAGGGCUGCAGGUGUGUUCCAAAAGGGGACCGUUCCCAGUGGUGCUUGUGGGAAGAUGUGGCUGGCCGUGUAAUAAGUGCAUUUACUUUGUACGUCUGUGCUCGUGUGGGCCUCCUUCUGAGUCCACCAUGGCAUGUCCAGUCAUGGGGCAGGUCAGCCUGGUGCCUGGUGUCUGUACAGAAGAGUCAUGCUGAGGGUGACAGUAUUUUAUAGAGAUGUGAUGAAAAUUUAUAAAUUUCAUAGACUUGACUUCAUUUAUUUUUAGAUGGUAUAAUGCACAGUAAACUUAAAAAAAAGGAAGAAAAAAGUAAAGGGGGACCUUUUUAUUUAUUUAAAUGCACACAGUGGCACUGGCUCAGGCCAGCUGCAGCCCCAACCCCAGAGGGGCAUGCCUGCCUCCCCACAGGCAGCCUCCGUGGUGCAUGAGACCCAGUGCACUGAUGGCGAGAGGGCUCGUGGUCAGGGCUUCUGACAUGUAGAGCUGUUCCAGAUGCUUCUAAAGGUGGCUAGCAGGGUUCUCAGGGCCCUUCAGGGCAGCCAUCUGUGAUGGUUCCUGGGUCCCAAGCUUUUAAGGACAUGUCCAGAAGCCCCCAAGCCCCCCGAAACAGGCCAUUACUGGCCAAAGACCCUGGCAGGGGUGCCAACCCCAAGGUGGCAGGGUGCAGCUGGAGACCCACUCAGGUGCUGGCCCCCUUGGCACCCACUAAGGAGCACUCGGAGUGGGGCUGUGUGUGUAGGGGUUGAAUUUUGUCACUAAAGGGAAAGCUGGUCAACAUGGCCCCAUCCCCCAGUGGAGGCCAGGUGCUCCUGCCUGGCCCCACUGUAUGCUGACCCUCAGGGCAGGCUCCUGCCCUCCCACCACUGUGCAGAGCAGGCCUCCCCUGGCCGGGGUCAGUAGGUUUGCUGGAGUUCUAGUUCCCAUUGGGCAAGGGGCCUGAAAUAGGCCUGCUUCCCCUGGGGUGUACCCCAACCAGAGCAAUACUGGAGGCUGAAGAUGGUGCUUAGGACGAGUUUCUAGACCCGGCCCGUCCUCUUGUAACCAGCUGCCCUGCUCCCUUCCGUCCUGGGCGGUGCUGUUGGCAGCGCCAAGGUGCUGUGCCCACCCUAUGAACCUUGUGCCCUCCCCUCCAGCCCUCGGGCCCCUCUUUGGCACCAGAAGCCAGGGCUCUAGAAAGCUGCAGGGCUCACUGUAGAGAAGUCAGAACGAGGAGUCCCUGAUCUAGAACAAAGUGGCCCUUUACACAACGUUGUAUUGCUUCGGGUUGCCACCCCAAGGGAUGGGGUAGGGGCGAUAGGGUGACCGUGUGGGACUUCCUACUGACGUGCCAUAAUUAUCUUCCUAUACAACUGUCUGCACGUGCACCCGAGCUUUGGGGUUCAGAGCAGCACUUACUCGGGAUGUGCCCAACUACAGGCUGAGCUGGGUCCCCAGCUGUCAGCAUGGGAGUGUCCUGCACCACAGGUGGCUGGAGGAGGUGUGGGUCACACUGGCGCUGACCCUCUAGUCCUCUGGGGGCCCUAGGCCUUGCCAGACAUGUAAGCUAAGGCCUGUUGGCAGGCCAGCUGUGGGAGGGUUGACAAGAUGCUGGUUCCCUCUGGCAGCUCCAGGCUGACUGGUGGUGCUGUUAACCGUGGGCACGUCAGGGAAGUCUAGCGGGCCUGGGAUUAACUUUGCUCAGGAAAACUGUGACAACAAAGUGGCCCACUGGGAAGUGGGCUCAAGGACCCUCCUGGCCAGGAGGAGUUAGCCUUCCUUCUAAGUUAUGAAUUGUGACUUAAUUGAGACACCCUCGCCUUUAUCUCCCCGCGCUGCCCAUUGUAGGAAGUGUCCACUUCUCACCCCGAUCUCAACCACCCUGCCAUUUCCGUUCACAAUUCACCCAAGCUUGGCCUGUUUCUCUUAUCUCCACCGUGAUGUAACCUGAGGCUUGGCUCUGUCUGUGUGGUAAACUGUUCAGCACAGCUGAGGGCACUGGCAUGCCCAACUCUCUAGGCUGCUGGCAUGACCCUCACUCCCAAAGGUUAUCCCACUGCAUUCUGCAUUUCCACCUUUAGACGCUGUAAUAAAAUGUUUUCACUUGAACUUUGUCUGAAUGUGGUA